AUGCGUAAGGCCCAGUCCUGGGGACCUGAUGCGCCGCCAGAGGCCAAGCCGCGAGAGCCCAGACUCGUCCGCCUGGGCAGGCGGGAGCGGGCCAUCCUGGCCACGCGUAUGCGCCGCAUGGCUCGGCACUGGCGCCCUACCCCGUCGCUGGGGACCACGGCUCAGGACCGCAGGCACUGGGACUCCUACUGCGUGCCGUACAUCUUCCACCAGCUGGGCUCUGGGGAGUACACAGCCAUGCUGGACGACCUGGCAGCCACCACGGGCAGCGGAUCCCGAAUUGCCGAGCGCAUGAGGCGCCUCCAGCGGCAGUGGUUGGAGCAUCUGCAAGUGGCUAAUCAGGAUGCUUUCGAGCGUGAGGCGGCUCAGCAGGACCGCGCCCAGUCAGCCGCGGAGCGGUGGUUCGACCGCCAGUCCCAGGCGACGUCGGGAACGCAGGCCCCCACCGUCUACUUCGACGACCGCAUCCACUGCUGGAGGUUUUGCGCCGCGAAGGUGCUGGAGGCCGACCUCGGCCCAUCCACCUCGACUGGGACCUCGGGGCAGCCGCUGUGUUGCUCUGCCUCGCCCGUUGAAUGCACCGAGCUCACUCCCACCCCAGCCGCGUGCAACCUCACGGACGAGCACCGAGGUUCAGCUGUCUCAUCUGGGGAAAGCCACUGCGGCCCUGGGCAGCCUGACAUCAUCGAGAUGGCCCAUGAGACUGUGGCACACCCUACCGAGGGCGGGGACGUCAGUGUCGGCAGUGUUGGCGGCCAGUCCACCUGCAGCGGGACUUCGGCAAAGCCCCAGUGCGACGUCGCCAAGUAUCGACCCUCAGCAGCAGGAGCCCGCAGAGGCAAGCGUCGACAGCGGAGCCACAGGCGCUUCACCUUCCACAGCGUCAAUGCCAGCCUCAGCUGGGGCAACGUUGUGGGCUACCUCCACGGCGCGGCACACCAGCAGCUCACCGAGGGCAAGAUUCCGAUCAUCGGUUUCCAGGAGCACGGCAAGCGGCGUUUAUGGGCCGAAGAGAGCGCACGGGCCCUGCUGCCCUUGGGCUGGAGGGCCCUGCCCACGCCAGCGACGGACGGCCCGAAUGGAGGGGCCUCGGCGGGCGUCUUGCUGGCGAUACCUGCCUGCGUCGGCGUCACUCUUGCAUCUGUACAGCGACACUGGGACAUAUCUCCCCCAGGUUGUGCAGGCAGGCUCCUGAUGGCCACCCUCGAGGCCAAGGGCAUCGGCAAGUUACUGGUUUUCUGUGCGUAUUGCUUCACUGGUCAGAAGUUGGCGUCUGUGGGCAAUUCAGCUCUCCUGUCAGUUAUCACGGGGUGGGCAGUCCAGCUCCAGCUGCCCUGGAUCGUCAUCGCGGACUGGGGGAAUCUACCUGGCGCUUUGGAGCGGUCGCCGUGGAACAACCAGCUCAGGGGCCGCGUCGUAGCGUGGCAAGGGGAAGGGGGCACCAACCGCUCCCCGCACGGUGAGCGCGUGAUCGAUUAUUUCUGGAUGCGCUCCAGUUUGGCUGCCAAUAUUUCCCCAGCCCGCAUUGACGACGACGCGGUCUACCACCCUCAUAGAGCCACAUGGGUCGAGUUUCAGCAGCCUUGGUCGGCCUUUACCUACACCAAGCUCAUCCGACCCCACAAGUUCCCGAUCCCAGGAGUCAAGCCGAGGCACUUCGAUCUCUCGUGCCCAGACGUGCCUGCAGGUUUCGACCCCGAUGCGGUGCCUACCCAGGAGCUCCUGGACGACACCUGGGCGGCUUUCUGCCACGCCGCCGAGGAGGAGCUGAUCCAGAAGGCCAUCGCUUCGUACGGGGAGGCCAAGCGUUGGAGGUGGUUUGCCGGCGAGUUGGCUUGGCUGGGCAUCAUUGAAGUAAAGCUUUUCAGCUACACGGGCGCUUCCGACCUGGUCCUCACCACGUUGCACCAGCAGCGGCACGCCUCCAUCCGCAAGUUGCGUGACCGCUUCAGGCACCACAUGCUGUUAGAAGGCGUGGCUGAGCUGCAAGAGUUCUUCGAGGUUUUCACGUCUCGGGACCGCGGCUAUGAAGACUUGCAGGAGCUCUCGGCUUGGCGCCUCAGCUGCAGUCAGCAUGCCUCGUACUUGGAGUGGCAGAUCGGCAAGGAACGACGAGAUUCCUUCAAGCAGCGGUUGGAGGACGACUUCCCAGGCUCGCAGGGGCUCCUCCACAGGGUCACCAAGUGGCGCCAGGCUUGGCAGGCUCCCAAGGGCAGCAUCUCCAAGAAGCUGCUCCCAGCGGCGCCUCAGGCCGCCGUGGACCAGGAGUUGCACGACUGGUCGAAGGUCUGGACCACUGGCUCAGGUUUCCCCAAGCCGUGGAGGGGCCUCCAGCAAGUCGCCGUCACGCCGCCCAGCCCUCACCACCUGCGCGGUUUGGCCCAGCGUUUCAUGGCCAAGACGGGGGUUGGCGUGGACGGAUGGCAACCCAAGCUUUGGGCCUACCUCACGGACGGCACGCCCUCGGUGCUCGCGUCAUUGCUGGCCUGGUGCCAACAACUGGGGCGGUGGCCGUCCCAGGUCCACCUCCUGCUCGUUUUCAUCAUCGGGAAGCUCGAUGGAGGGGGCCGACCCAUCAUUCUUCUACCUGGCCCUUGCCGAAUCUGGGAGGCGUGGCAGCUGCCCACCAUCAGGAACUGGUUGGCGGCGCACCCCAGGAGCUACGACUACACGGCGGCGGGCCAAUCAUCGGAGCGCGCGCUGUGGAAAGCUUUGUUGGGCGACGAGCUCGUGUUGGGCACAGGCAUACGUGCGGCCACGAUGCUGGCGGACCUCGCCAAGUGUUAUGAGAAGGUUCCGCAUGAGCGUAUGUGGUGGCUAGCAGCUUGGUGGGGCGGCCCGCUGGAGGUGGUCGCGCUCGCCCUGGAAAGUUUCGCCUUUGGCCGUGUCAUUCGUCUCGGGGAGGCCUGCUCGGCGGAGGUCCUGUCCUCCACAGCGCUCCCAGCGGGCAGCCGUUUCGCGCCCACCUUCCUGAGGUUCUACCUCGCGCUGUGCUUAGACGACCUGCUGGGGGUUUUCCGCCUCACGAUCUACUUGUACGUUGAUGACAUCGCCCUGCGGGUCAUGUCCACCGAGGCGCGCGUCUUGCACAUGCUGCCGCAGGCCACGCGCUUGCUGUUUUGGAUGCUUGAGUCCUUCUUGGGCCUGGAGGUAGCCCGAGCGCGGGGCGGGGCGAGAGGCAAGUGCUCUUUCCUGCAAACGGCCACUCCGUCUUCAGGCUUGACGCAGGCCAUGGCCGUCCUGGGAGUACCGCCCAGCACAUCCGAGCGGUGGCUCGGCAUCGACUACGGUCCCAGCGUCAAGACAGAGAACCAGUCAGCCCCAGUCAGACACGCGCGGCUCAAGAUAGCCAAGCAGCGUUGGCCUAAGAUCCGCGGCCUUCCUCGUGCACGCGGGGGCAAGCUCAAGAUGGUCGUGCGGCAGGGCCUCGGAGCCUCGGUCGCCUACGGCGCCCGUGUCAGCGGCACGCUCAGGCCCAUCGUGCGUUUCAUCCAGCAGAAGGAUCGGGCCGUCCGCAGGGGCGCCACAGCUGUUACCUCCCGGGUCUUGCACGACGGCCUCGACCCCAAUUGCGCCGACACCCUCGUUCUGGCACCGCUGCUGGCUUGGGCGAGGGAAGCUUGGGACCACCCAGAGGGGCGGCGUGCGCAGGCCACAGCAUGGGCCCGAGUGCAGCAACAGCUCGCGCUGUGCAUGUACGCCGACGCUCAGGAGUUGCGGUCAGUGGUGCGCGGCCCAGCGGGGGGCACCUCAGUCACAGUUCGAGCCCAUGGUUGGAGCAUGCCGUCAGCCUUCGAGAUUGUCUUGCCUCCACGUGGCGGGGUGCUCCAAGGAGGGGACGUCCAUCUUGAUCUACUGCAGAUUUGCCCCAAGUCGGUCGAGGCCGCCGUGCUUUUGGCCGCCCGUUCCAGAGCCCUGUGCCAGUGGGCGGCGGCUCAGCCCGAGCGGGCUGCGCUCCUGCCAGCGCCGUGGCCCACCCCAGCGAGGCAGUUGGUCAAGCGGCGCAAGCAGGACGGGUGGCUGCAACACCAUGCCGACGCGGUCAAGAAGGCGGUGUUGGGCGGUUUCCCUUCGCAGGAGGCCCUUUUCUCUUCGGGCCAGGCGGGCACUCCGCAUUGCCAGCUUUGCGACGACACGACCUGCUUCGGCACCCGCCAGCACUAUUACUGGCGGUGCGGCAGCCCGACGCGUGCUACGGUGAGGGAGCAGCUGACGGCCCACGACGCGUCACCUACCUUCAGAGACGUCGGCCACCUGGGCGUGUCGCGCACCCAUUGGAUCGUCAAUGGCGCGGCCCCCGAGCUCACCGAUGUGCUGGUUUCGGACGGAUCAGUCAAAGGCUUGGAUGACCUCAGGCACGGCGGCUGGGCGGCUUUGCAGUGCACAGCGGAGGCCGACGACGUGGUGCAGGGCCUGCACGGCCCACUGCCCUUUCCCGACCCCAGCUCGGUCCUGGCAGAGUUGUGGGGUCUCCUCCACGCCCUCAGGCAUUCGGUCUUCAUCACGGCCAUCAUCAUUGACAAUGCUCAGGUGGUCCAAGGCUUGGCUCGUGGCAGGGCAUGGUGUUGUUCAGCGGCCAGGCCCUAUGCGCACGUCUGGCUCGAGAUCUGGGAUCGCCUGGAUGACAUGGACAUCCUUCCUGGCAGAGAGUUGUCGGUCAUCAAAGUCGCCUCGCACAUAUCGCAGGCCAAACGCCUAGAGCUGCCAGAGGAGGUCCAGAUUCACAUGAGGCACAAUGACUUAGCCGACGAAUGGGCCAAGCAAGGAGCAGACCUCAGCGCGCCGCCAGAGUGGGCCACGUUGCAGGUCAAGCAGGAGCUCAAGGCCACCAAGCGCGUGCUCGAGUACAUCGGGCACUUCAGGGUCCUCCUCGACGGGGUCAAGUUGGCGGAGCCUAGGCACCCGCACGUUCUGGAAGUGUGCCGCGGUUAUGCCAAGUGCACCAACUGCGGCAAG